AUGAGUGACGAGAACAAAACCCCGGAAGAUCAGCCGUCAGGCGUAACUCCGGAGACCGAAGCCGCGGCAUCGAGCCCGGAAACGGCGGAAGAAGAGGCGGUUGAUCCGACAGAGGUUCUGAAAUCCGAGAACGCGGAUCUGAAGGAUCGGGCUCUGCGGACCAUGGCGGAGAUGGAAAAUCUGCGCCGGCGGACCGAAAAGGAAGUCAGGGAUGCACGGCAAUACGCCGUAUCGGGCUUUGCGCGUGACAUGCUGACGGUAUCCGACAACCUGCGCCGGGCGCUCGAAGCGCUGCCGGAAGACGACCGGAAGAACGCUGAUGCCGGUGUUGCAGCCCUGAUCGACGGCGUUGAAAUGAUUGAACGUGAUCUGCUCAACCAGCUCGAAAAGAAUGGUGUGAAAAAGCUGGAUCCGGAAGGUCAGAAAUUCGACCCGAACUUCCACCAGGCCAUGUUUGAAGUGCCGAACACUGAAGUGCCGAACAAUACUGUUGUUCAGGUCAUGCAGGCCGGAUACGUCAUCGGUGAGCGUGUUCUGCGCCCGGCAAUGGUCGGCGUAUCAAAGGGCGGUCCAAAGGAAGUGCCGCAGCCACAUUCCGAAGGCAACGGCGACGCGGGCCAGACCGUCGACAAGAGCGCUUGA